AUGGCCCAUCCUACAGAAGCAGUUUAUCUGCAUGACUCCUCUCUGAGAACUCUGACCACAGAGAUUGUGUCAUAUAAACCCAUUUCAUCCCUUUCAGACGAUGAAAAAAGCCUAGCGAAGAAUAUCGGCCCAGAUGACUCUGCCAUAACUACGCGCCAGACUAUUCUCUACCCCCAGGGUGGUGGUCAGCCCAGCGACACGGGUAGCAUCGCCCUGGCAGACCAGGAGCCCAGCUUUGUGGUGUCUCUAGUUCGCAAGACAUCAGACGGAAGAAUUAUUCACUUCGGCAAACUGAAUAAUGCUGACUCGGGCUCCUUCGUGGAAGGUCAGAGUGUCGUGCAAAGAGUGGAUGGUGCCAGACGUGACUACCACUCCCGAUUACAUACCGGAGGCCAUAUCCUCGGCGUGGCCAUGGAUAUUCUCAUGCCUGAUAUGAAAGAAUGCAAGGCCAAUCAUGCUCCCAGAGAGGCCUGUCUGGAAUAUGAGGGCUUGCUCUACAAUGAACAUAAACCUUCGAUUCAGGCUAAGGUUGAUGAGCUGGUUCAGCAGGAUCUGUCUGUUGCUGUAUCUUGGUUGGAGGAUGGAGCAGCUGCCAAUGAUCGUGUUAAGUUUGGAGAUGGUCCUGUUCGGAUUGUCAGCAUUGGCGGACUUGAUCAGACUCCUUGUGGCGGUACCCAUGUGGAGCGGACUGGGCUAGUUGGUCCGAUCACUAUUCGCAAAAUCACUAGGAAGGGUGCUAUCAGUAAGAUUUCUUAUGAAGUGGCUGAGAAAUUCUAG